AUGAGGCUUUUGAGUGUGGCUACAUGCAAUCUGAACCAAUGGUCUAUGGACUUUGAUACCAACACUAAGCAGAUCAAAGACUCCAUUUCCAAAUCCAAACGAGCUGGUGCUGUCAUCCGCCUUGGACCAGAGCUCGAGAUUCCCGGCUGUGGCUGCGAAGAUCACUUCUUAGAGCUCGAUACCAUCAAUCACUCAUGGGAGUGUUUGAAGGAUAUAUUGGUUGGUGACUGGACUGAUGGGAUAGUGUGUAGUAUUGGAAUGCCUAUUAUCAAAGGUUCUGAGAGAUAUAACUGUCAAGUUUUGUGUUUCAACCGUAAGAUUAUUAUGAUAAGACCCAAAAUGUGGCUUGCAAAUGAUGGUAAUUAUAGAGAACUUCGAUGGUUUACUGCUUGGAAACAAAGGGAUCAACUUGAUGAUUUUCAGCUUCCUCUUCAUGUUUCUCAGGCAUUGGGUCAAAAGUCAGUUCCUUUUGGUUAUGGCUUUGUUAAGUUUCAAGACACGUAA